AUUUCAUGACUUCUGAAGAACCAGUGGUGAGGAGACUGGAUGGAGCUUCACAUGUUGAACCAUAAGCGACGUCUGUCCACUGGAUGUGAGAAGGAGCCUCAACCUUGCGCAAAAAAAUGUUUUACCAGUGUCCACACUCUGCUGGACAGGUAUCAGACUCACCACUCAUAUGGAGCCACGCAGCAUACCACACUGAGGGCAAACUGUGGUGGUCACCUCUGCACAUGUGAGGCAGAGAACCUGACUACGGGCUUCUUUGAGCAGAUAUCAUCCUGGUCUGACACACAAUGCUCUGUGGAGAAAAUUCUGGAUCACCUCGAGGUCAAAGAAAACACAGAUGCCAUAUUGCUCGACAACCGAGUUAAUAAGAAAUUCUUGGAGUUUCACCGCGACAUCACAGAGGAAUGCGGCGCUGAGGAGAAACAGCACUCGUGGGCCGUUGUGGAGAAACGUGAGGAGAUCGUCAUGUACGGACCCUAUUAUCCCAACUACAGCAAAGGAGAACACAGCGAGGACUUCAUUAUCAAACAAACGCAGGAGCUCCUGGAGGAUGACUUCUCACGAGACUGGAAGGUGUAUGUUUUCACCAUGAACAGCCCGUGUUUGGCUAGAAACAUUAAUCCAUGCAUGAUAAACCUGGUCCAGAAAGCUCAGGAGUGGUGGAGAGUGUAUGGGGUAAAGACACACAUUGGUUUUGUGAGAUGCUGGGGAUUCAAAGGAAGCAAAGAAACUCUGUUCAGGGACAUCAACUACAGCCAAGUGGACUGUAUAAAUCAGACGGAGAACCAUGAGGAAUAUGUCAAAGCAGCUACAGAUAGAACUGAUCUCAAUCCUUUGUGUAAAAAUCUGAGUUCUGCGGUUAAACGCCUCUUGAGAUCUGUGAAUCUGAGUUUCCCCCUGAUGAGCAUUGAGCAGGCACAGGACUGGAAGUGUUAUUUCAAGAAAACACACAGCAUUUAUGAAAGCAAACCAGAGGACGAGAAAAAAGACUUGACGCAGAAGCUGAACGCUGCGAUCGGAGCUGCUCAAGCUCUGCUGUCAGAGAAAAUUGGAAGUUUUGAUGAACAUCUAGAAAGCGGGAAGGCGUUCACACUCGAUCAAACUUUUGGUUUCAGCGUAUCUGACGUCCUACGCGAUGAAGUGAGUCUCACUUUUCAACAGUGUUGGAAGGAGAUGGUGCAGGACAAAUAUGCAGAGUUCAUCAGGGGAAAGCUGAUGGAAGAGUUCAACCAGUGUGCCGUCCAGCUCUUCAUCAAAGAUAUCGUAAAGUUCACAAACGAGUAUUUGCACAUCGGGAGGAUACAGUUUUCUGAAGAAGAGUCAAAAGGGCAAAAGCUGUUUGGUAACUAAACACUGAAGUAACAGCACAAGGAAGUUAAUGCAAGACUGAUCAUUCGACAAAUCUUUGGUAUGCUUGUGAAACAGGAUGAUUGACAACAAACCUCCACCUCAUUCGUAUACACUAGCAUUAUGUCUUGCUCAUCUGUAUAAACAGCACGCACUCCCUGAAUUACAAUGUAAAACUAAACCUCACCAGAUCAAAUCUAAACAACAUAAAAAAGACACAAAGCUUGUUUCAGACUUUCAGGUGUGAAAACGCCCUCAAGAUGUUUUCAGAUAUGAAAUGGGGGAAAAAAUGGGAAAAUUGGGUCAGCACGUUCAGUUUGCCUUUCACAUGCAAAGAACGCAGCAGGACAUUGUCCGAGUAAGACUUGUUCACAACAGGAUAUUCAUCCAGUUUCAUGUCCAUUGCGUGUUGGAAACAUCAACAUAUUCCUACUGUAUAUAUAAAAUAUCUGUUCUAGUGACUUAAAAUGCCUUUCAUGUGUUGACGAGAGGCUCAAAUGCAGAGG